UGUAAACCCAUCAUGUAGAUCCUGAACAAGUCGUUCACAGACGAAAGAAAGGUAUUGGGAAACAAACGUCGCAUCUAUACUAUUUAUACUUUUUCGAGACAAAUAUUUACAUCUUCGAAAUAUUAAUAUGUAAAUCCAAUGAAUACUGGAACACUACAUCAGGUUACGGUUUGUUCUGGCCUACGUUUAUGGGAUAAUAUUUCUUAUACGCGAGUAGAAUGUUUUAAUUCACAAAAUUUAGAUGAAAGCAGUUUAAUUAGUUCUUUUAUGUAUAGUGAUACGCAUCUUUCUAUAAAAUAUUCAACAUGAGAAUAUUAUUUUGACAGAUACUGCGAAUCACGCUACGUUGCUUACACACAUUAUAGACUUAUAAAAAAUAAAUAUAGUUAAUUAUUUACACAAAGUUUACAGUUUUUGUUUAACAUUAUCUAUAUUUAAAAAAAGCACUACAUGUUUGAAUUUUAAUUAUUUAGUAGUGUAACUGAGUAAAUGUUAUGUUAACAAGAAAAUACUAAACACAAAGAAGAAGGUGAUUUGGGUCAACGAAUUUACACUAUGAAAAUAUUUUUCAUCAGCAAUUUUCAAUUAUUCAGUUAUCAAUAGAAGAUGAAUGAAUAAAUCGAAAUAGCCCGAAACGUGACUGACGCGCGUUUUGUCAUACACGUCCAAUCAGUCGUCAUUCGUACGAAACUGAGGCCCUACUUCGAAAAACGAAAUCCGUAGUUUCGGAUGACGGAUCGCACGUUUUCUUACUACGAAGUGUUACGGAUCCGAUGACGAAUUCGACGACGGAUCCGAAAUCGGAUUUUGACACUAAUGACAUUUUUACUUUCGUCGGCCGCACUACGAAAAUAAAUUUGACAUAAAAUACAUCGUUUGUUCGUACGGAUCAUAACCUCAAUUUUACGAAAGCUCUAAGCCUUUCGUUUGAUUUUUCUUUGGUUCUUUAGAGGUUUUGAAAUGGCUCGAUUCCUUCUUUAUGAAGACUUGUUGCGAGAAGAAAGUACUCAGCGAAGUCGGAAGCGACUAAAACUGCGUGAAACCUUCGUUCAUCGAAAUAUUCCAGACAUGGAAUUUAUAAGAACAUAUAGAGUUUCGACAACGAUUUUUGAAACCAUCUGUGAGGAAAUAGUUCCACUGCUUCCUCCAAAAAAAAAUAUACGGCGUAUUGAUCCUACCACUAAGGUAAGCUACAGAAUAAAUAUUACUUUUUACCUUUCUUAAGAACUUAGCUGGAAGCAGUAGUCAAUGUCUAUAUAAACUUAUUUGGUUAUUAGAGGCACUGUAUACUAAAAUGACCCAUGAUAAUUUCAGAUUUUGACUGCGCUUAAUUUUUAUGCCAGGGGCAGUUAUCAGGGAGCAGUGGGACUAAGUAUAGAUGGGUCCAUGGCCCAGCAAACAACUUCUAAGUGCCUCAGGCAAGUUACUGAGGCAUUCAAUCAGCCUCAUAUAUUGGCAAAAUUUAUAAGGUUUCCUCAAAACCGGCAGGAAAGGACUCUUAUAAAAGAACAAUUUUAUCAAAAAUAUGGAAUUCCAGGCAUAUGUGGAUGCAUUGACUGUACCCAUAUAGCCAUAAUAAAACCUGCAAUGAAUGAAAACCGAUUUUUUAAUAGAAAGCAUUUCCAUUCUAUUAAUUGCCAAGUGAUAUGUGACGAAAAUUGCAACAUUUUAAAUGUUGAUGCGUCUUUUGGUGGAGCCACACAUGACUCCUUUAUAUGGCAAAAUAGUGAAAUUAGGGAGCAUCUAGAAGGUCUCACUACAAACACAGAUGAGACGGCCAUGCUAUUGGGAGAUUCUGGCUAUCCUCUCAGGAGAUACCUAAUGACCCCAGUGGUUGGCGCUUUAGAUGACUCACCAGCAGGAAAUUAUAAUGCCAUACAUAAAAGGGCACGGUCCACCAUAGAGCGUACCUUCGGCAUUUUAAAAGGCAGAUGGAGGUGUCUUUUGGGUGCCAGACAGCUGCAUUAUAGCCCUGAGGUCGCAGGAAAGAUUACAAUAGCGUGUUGUGUUUUACACAACAUAUAUAAUGCAGCUGGCUUGGAUCCAUUGCAUUUGAUAGUUGAAGAAUCGCAACAGGAAAGUCAAAUGCAACAGAGUGCUGAAAAUCAUGGAGGGCUUGCUCUAUUAGAAGGGCACCGAGCUCGAAAUGAACUGAUACAAUUACUCAACAGAAACAUUUAAAAG